ACACACGGCCUCGAUAGGCGGAGACCAACCGCAGAAAACAGGAACAUAGAUAAGACGCUCCAAAGUUCACAUGCACACCUGAGCAUGACAACACCUUUAUUUUUUAUUCGUGUGAAACCGACUGGACUCUGUUCUUCUGUUACUUAAACAGCAACCAUCAAAUCAUGUUCAUACAACUUCAACAAGUUUGUCAAGAUGAGAUUAUUGCGAGCUUGAGGAUGCAAAGGAAGGAAAUUAUGUAUUUCUGACUGGAUGUUUAUUGGAAGUUUUACACCAGGAUAUCUUCUCACGGCUGUGGAUAUGUGGUCCCUAAGUGCUGUGGUUCUUCUGCUAUGUUUUAAUGGUUUUUGGUGUGAUGGAUGUAAUCUGACAAAGCCUUAUUUUGAGUCCAGGAAUUUUCAUCAUGUUCUCCAUUGGAAUAAAGUUGAUAUUCCGGGUAAAGUUGUUCUCUACAGCGUCCAAUACCACAUCUAUGGUGAGCCAUACAAACCAGCGAUGUGGUGCCAAAACAUCACAACUCGUCUAUGUGACCUCACGUCUGUAAUGACGGUGACUGAGGUGACCACCAGAUAUUAUGCCAAGAUCACAGUGGAUGGACUCUGUGUGGGAGAAAUCGAUUUUUAUCCCUAUGUGAAAACCAUUCUGGAAGCUCCAGAGGUGUCCGUGUCUUGGAAUGAAACGUCACUGAACGUUAAGAUUUUACCCCCGAUGGGUCCGGACAAACGCUCCAUGAAGGACAUCAGCUGCUGGGGAAUCUGUCAACAUCCCAUGAAGUUCACCGUUAAGCUGACGCAGCCCAAGUUUGCAGUCGGAAUGGUAUACGAGAGUACAGAUUCAGUAUUGGUGUUGCCUGUAGAAACAGACACGAAGUAUUGUGGAGAUGUUGUAUAUUCACUCACACAUCCCAUCUCAUCACGUCAAAGUGAAACAAAAUCAUUCUGUGUGACUACCUCAGCAAGUAACACCUGGUUUUGUCUAGUUCUCCUGCCUGCUCUUCUGGCUGUUCUCCUACUCAUAAUCUUAUCCGUGGUGCUUUGUCAACAGUCCAUGAAAGGGAAAGGUUCCUGGCCAAAAGCUCUGGUGCUGCCAAAGAAAAACCUUUCUUUUUAUUCCGAACCCCUGGACGAAAUAUCCAAAGUACAGGUGUGUUCGGGAUUUGUUGGAAACAGCCUGAAUCUUGAUGUCGAUCAGGAAAAGUCAAGAGUUGUAAGUAAUUGUAGCGGUUACGCGUCUCAGAACUCUCGUGAUCUUCAAUGGACAAACAGUGAUGAGGAGAUGUCAGCUGACUGCUCGAGCGCUGAACAUUCGGUCAACUACACAAUGGUUGUCGGCGUCCGUCCGCCUGAGGAAUCAUCAGAUGAUGACCAGACGCGUGAAACCACCUCAGAAUUAUCUCUGAAGAAGAAGCAAAACAGCGAUUCAGUGAGCCAGGAGCUUACAAUCUCUGAAAGCAUUAACAAACCUCUAGUGGUUCCAGUUAUUCCUGAUGCCAAUGGUUUGUUGCAGUUUAAAGGAUUUUUAUUUCAGCCCGGAUCAGAGAGUUUACUUGGAGACAGGACGCCAUUACUAACCGAUCUAAUCAUUGAGGACUCAAGUUGCAAUUCGACGUACCGACCCGUAAAUGUUUCUGAUCUCUCAACGGUGACGUCCAACUACAGGCAGAACUGGCUGCCGGGGACGCCUCUGGAGGGGUAUCGGGCGCAGAGGACUUAUGUUUUGAGGAAAGGUCACCUGCAGGAGUCGACUGAAGCUCAGGAGAAAGAGCACGAGGACUUGGAAAUUGGAGAAGAAUCGAAAGAGUGUCUGGCCUUUUUGGACAGAUGGAUGUUAAAAAUGGAAGGAUAAUCUUUGAUUUGGAAUAGUCGGAGAUAGCCGUCAUCCGUUAUCAUUCUUAUGAAGAUGAAUAGCCGUUGCUCAGUUGGCAAUGAACUGUCAGCUCCAGAGUUCUGGAGACAAACUGAGCCAAUCACCUUAGCUGUAAAUGUCAUGUGACUGAUCGCUGUUAAGAAGGAACAUGACAGCCGGAUUUUGAUGAUGGCUUUUCUGUAGCCAAUGUAAAGGUUGUGUUCGAAACACUUAAAUUGUUUAUUUCUGCUUUAUAGGCAUCACCAAAAGACCAAAUGGCAGUCUCUGUUACCCAGCAGGCAUAUGACCUUCAACGUUGAGAUUUGGUUGAAAUAAUGACCAUUUCAAUGUUGAAACAACGUUCAUAUAACAGUUAAUGCUAAAUGGUUGCAAAAGGUUAAUAAAAUGCUUAAAAAUCAGCGUUAAAAUUUGGUUCACAUAAUCUCAGUUGUUUGUUAAACUCAAUCGUUGACUCAAUUUACAAAAUUAAAAGGUAAUUUAACCCUGAAUCAACGAUGAAUCAACGUCGAAAUGCCUGCUGGGUUUCUAACAAACACAUCUCACACUAAACAUGUGCUGUUAGUUGAGUUAAUAUUAUAUUGUUGGUUUGGUCUGGUUGGGAUGUUUUAAUAGCACUACAGGGAUUUUCCAUCUACUGUAUCGAUGAAGUUGUAAUAUGAAAUAGGACGACAUAUUUUAAAGGAAUAGUUCAUGGAAAAACUUAAACGUAUGCCAUCAUUUACAGACAUUUUUUUAAUGAUCUCAAAUUGUGUCCUGAAGAAACACGUUUGAAACAACAAAGGGGUGAAGAAAUUAUGACGAUUUUUCAUUUUGGGUGAAUUAAAGUAUAUCAACAAUCCUUUAAAGGUCACCUAAUAUGGCAAUUUUUCAAGAUGUAAUAUUAGUGUUCCCAGAAGGUCAUUUAUUUUACCGUGUUGAAAAGGCCAAUUUUUGUUGUGCAGAAAAAGUGUUUUUUUUUGUGUGUGUGUCUCUUCCUGUUUACUAUUAUCUAUACCAAACACAAACAUCGCUUUUAAUAUUACAAUUACCUUACUUCAUUGUUCAUAAUAAACGUGCAGUAUGACCUAACUGUGCUCUUUGGACAGUUGUGGGCGGGGCCUGCACAAAGUGAUGUCAGUUUGUGCAGAAAACGGCAUCGGUUCGUCCAAUGAGACUGUCGAGGUUUCAUGGGAUUUAAACAACAUAUAAAUGUGAAUUUCAUAUAUUAGGUGACAUUUUAAAGGAAUGUUGUUUCUUUUAAAUAUUUUACAUUUUCACUGACGUAUGUAAAUAGUUUUUUUUGUGCACUUUUGACUGAAAAUUGUUCAUUUGAAGCAUGGCCGUUUGUAAAACUGUUAAUCUGUCCAGCCAUUUCAUUUUGUCGUAUGUCUACGUUUUAACUUAUUUAAAAGAGACUUAACUUUAACAUGUUUUCCAGACAGGGUUUAGAUUAAGGCUUCACUUAUUUUAGGACAUUUAAGUUAUUUUUACAAACAUACCUUGAUGUGAAUCCUGAGACAAAACAAUGGUAAUGAUAUAUUUUUAACUCAAUUAUGCAUUUUAAUCUGGGACUAGACUUAAACCCUGUCUGGUAAACCAUCCCUUUAUCAAUAACGUUGACGUUAUUGACAGUACAUUAUUUGCAUUGUUUCUGUAAGACUGAAUAACAUUUUUAUUAUUGAUAUUAAACACCGUUCACCAGUCAUUUUACUUUUAAAUUCUGACGCAUGCCAGUCAAGUGAGGAAAAUAUAAAAAGAUUUUAAUCAUUUGAAUCAUCUGGAUUGGAUUGUGGCGGUUUUAUUACAGAAUAGAGGCAGCUGGUUGAAGAUGCUGAAGGAUUCAUGAUGUUGUUUUAGAGACAUUACAGCGUAUUACAUUUUGAUAAAAUAUUACAAAGCUCAAGACUUCUUUGUUUUGGACUGUAUUUAUGUAACGUAUAUUGGAACAGUGUUGUAAAUAGCAUUUAUAUUUGUCUUUAAAACCUUGUACUGUAACUAUUAUUAACACGGAAAUGUUUGGCAGUUUUACAUUUGUAUGUUAAUCUAUAAUUCAGAAUAAGCUUACAGUAUGCUGGAUGUUUAGACAUGGCAGGCUUGACUCGCGAUAAACAAUUCCAGAAGCUUCCAGGCGUGAAGUAGGAAUUUGCAUAUCAAAAAAAAAGCUUUGUUCCUUGUAUGUUUCUUGGAGUUUGUUCAAUAGACUUUAUAGGGUUUUCACGUGCUGUGUUAUGAGGAAGUCCAGCAGUCUUAUAAAAGCUCUUUGUCACAUUCCAAAAGACUUUAAAUAACUUUAUGCACCUGCUCAAUCUGUUUCGGGAAGAUACACAAAACAAUCAGGUUAAGUAACUCCAGGUAAAAAGUUCAGCAAAAGGUUUAUAGAAAUGUCUGUCACUCAGGUCUGUUGAAAUUGUCAUGCUUAUUAUAUGAAGUAUAAUAUCUAAAUUCUCAGUCCUGAUGUUUACAUGCCAAACUGUUCAACGUUUCUUUAACUGUUGUUUCAGUAUAUUGGUGAUUUACAAAAGCUGCAUUAAUGUUUGUUAAACCUCAGAUUAUAUUUAGUGUACUAUACCUCACAUUCAUGUUUAAACACUGUACAAGGUGCAGACAAUGCAAAGGUCACAGUAAUUAUCUUUAUGUGCUCAUAAACCACAUACUGUACAGUUCCUGUAAUAUAUGAAAGAUGUUUUCCUGCCAACAAGGCAAAUACUGUCAUGUACUUUAGUAUUUACUAUAGUAAAAUUUGUAGAUGCAAUAGUUUCUGAACCUUAACAUUGUGAAUAUUAAAGUUUACUACAGUAUUUACUUUAUGUACUUCAAAAUGAUGUAGUAUACAUUAACUCGUUCCCCGACAUUUUAACAAUUUUAACAAUCUGAAACGCAAGUGCGAAGCGCAAUGCGCAAGUGACUUUGUGGGCGGAUCUUGGGCGCUGUUGCUAUUUUCCCGGCGGGAGAAAUAACUCUUGUGCCGGGCGCAAAUCAAUAAGGGGUUGGUCUGAAGUAGGUUCAUUAUUCAUAGGUGUGGUUUGGGCGUAACUUCAAAUAAACCAAUCAGAACGCUAUCCAACAUUCCCUUUAAACGCAAGGGCGCAAGUUCCAUGGCGGGUUGCUAUUAUUAUGACGGAUUUACCAGGCGCACGGCAGGAGCGGUUCACAGCCGAGGAGACCGACGUUCUUGUAAGAGCAGUCAAAGACAGAGAAGUUGUUUUGUAUGGGGAUGGGAGAAACCCGCCCAAAUCAGCGUAGGUUAAACAGGCGUGAGAGGAAAUAGCCACAAUUGUCUCAUCAGCUGGCAUCCCCAUCGUUGCGCCAGCAUAAAUCGGGCACGCCGUGUAACGGGAGGUGGAUCUGCCGCUACACAGACGCCAGCAGAGGACAUCGCUGCGUCCACCCUCACCGCUGAAAGGGUUUGGGGGCUUUGAAAUCGGACCCAAGAAACGCAAGCAAGGUCCAACCCCAAAGUACUCUUACAAAUCAAGUUCAUAUAAAUUAAGGUUUCUUAGAAAAUAUUUUAAUCGUUAUUUGCAUGAUAAUUUUUUAACGCAGCCACACAAUAAAUAAAAACUAUCACCGCAAUGCUCACCACAAUGAUUCCCCUUAUCUCAUGUGUUAAUUUUUUUUAGUGUAACAAUUUAUGAUUUGCAAAAAUAACUUUUGCAUCUGUGUAGAUUAGAUAAGCAAAGUGUGUGCGCGUUGUGCACGCAACACAUUAUGGUCAAGCAUGCGCCCACAAAAUAGCAUAAUGAACAACGCGCCACUGACUUUAGACUAGUUUUUUUUUGGUCAGUGGCGCAAUUGUUUUUUGAAACUGCAAAAUAGCAUCAGGGAUGGUUUGCGCCGCAACACGCCUCCUUUUUUGCGCUGAACCGCCCAGGGAGCGCAAGUUCAUUCCCUAGUUUGCCGACGUGCGUCUGUGGAGGGAAAAACCCACUGUGCGCUGGUACAAAAAUUGAAUGAUACAUGCGUCACUGACAAAGUCAAUUGCGCUGGGUGCAAGAUAGGGCCCUGUGUAUGUUUUGAUAAUCAUUCUGAAUCAGAUCUCUAACAAAAUUCCUUCACAUAAAUGCAAUUAUUUCAGCUUUUUGCUUAAAAAGACUAUUUUAAAAGAAAAAUACCCAUAUUUAAGAGUUUAUGGGUUGGUUUCCCAGACAGGGUUUAUCCUAGUCCUAGACAUAUCUUUACAUAAUAUCAGUGCCAUUUUUUUUUCUCAAGAUGCACACCAGAAAUGUUUUCUGUAAGGUUUGUUUGUAAAAAUGUCCUAAUAAAUCUAAGGCCUAGUCCUUGACUAAUCUAAACCUUGUCCAGGAAACCACCCCUAUAAGCAGAGAAAAAAUAUAUAGAUAUGAUGAAACGUUAUUUUCCCAUUUUGUUUGAUUGUUUGUUUGAAAGCAGAGGGCCUGUGUAAUGCUACAAUUUACUAUAGUAAAUACUGCAGUAUAUUACAGUAUUUUUCUGUGGGUGUAUUUUCUGUUUGGAGAUUUGAAACAUUACUGAAAUGUGAUUAUUUUAUAGUACAAUAAAUGUAUUUUUAAUAAUG